UGCUGCUAUUUCCGGCUGGUGAGAUGACCCGUCGUCCGCCAUUAGCAAACAUUGAAAUAAACGAAUACAUUCAAACAGGACAAGAAUAUCUGCAUACAGAGAGGACGGAUUCGGAUGCUGACUGGCCAUGUUCCUUGCGAGCCUCGUUUUGAGUUGCCUGCUGCAGCUGUCGACUCAGGAAUAUCGCUAUUGUCCCGAACCGUGGGUGGCCUACGACACAAAGUGCUACAAGUUCGUGUUCUAUCCAUACCAGGACUAUGACGGAGCUAAAAGGAUGUGUGGGGUGGACGGAUCUUCCCUUCUCAGCGUUAACAGUAUCUCAGAACACAACUUCAUCAGCAACUGGCUGGAAAAUAACGACGUAGGCGCCUAUCGUUGGUUCACAAGCGGUAUUAUUUACGACAUGGCGACUGGAGACCUACAGUGGAAAGGGGACGGUACGAGAAUCCAGCCAGCAGAUCAGUACUGGCUUAAUGUCCAGGAAAUGUUCAGACCGGGCCUUCACAUCGUCUACACGUACGCGGUGCUUGGAUACCUUUGGGGACGCGAAGUAGAAUCUUCACAACUUCCCUACAUCUGUGAAAUCAUCAUGAACGAGGCGUAUCGGAUAGCUCAAACCCAAAGAGACUACGCUUAUGGUACGGGGCUCACUGACCCCGUGUUGGCUCCUCGUGGUCCGGACAUGAUCAUUCAACCCACGAGUUUAGUGGCCGUCGGAGAGGCCGUUAGUGCUAGCUUUGAGUGUGUCGCCACCGGGAACCCCGCCCCAACUUACACCAUCGUUUUCAUCGACGAACAGAACAACCGAACUGUUAUUUCACCGGAAGUAGAUCCUAGGUACACAAUAACAAACGGAAAGGUCACGAUACAACACCCAAACGAGAGAAAUGAUUCCGGAACGUACCAGUGCAUUGCUGAGAACAAAUUCGGAAGUAUCUUAGGAAAUACAAUGUAUUUUACAUUCGGAAGCCUCGGGAGCUUCUCAAAUGUGGACAGGGCACCAGUUGAAGUUUUCUCUCAUGAAAGUGCUCAAAUCGAAUGUGAUCCGCCAAUAAACAAACCAGCGAUAACAUACCAGUGGCUGAGGCGGAGGACGGGAUCGUACGUUCGGCCUGACCUGACUCCCUACAUCUUUAUCUCGCGGAAUGGUAAACUGUAUUUCUCGGUUGUUUCGAAAAACGACGAGGAUGAGUACUUUUGUAUCGUGGAACUGACGUCUAACAAUGGAGCCGUCAUCGGAACCAACCAACCACCGAGCCGAACCAGCCUCCCCAUACAGCUUACCGUCACACAACAAGUGGAGAGUCUUUGGGGACCUGAGAUAGUUAACGAAUUCCCGGCUGUGUAUCCAUCUCGACCUGUUAGAGGACAGAAUCUCUACCUGGAAUGUUUAGCCUAUGGCAGCAUGCCGAUAGAAUACUCCUGGAGUCGGGAGAUCCUGCCCAUGCCGAGGACGGUCAGAAUUCUAGAUCACAACCGGGUCCUGCUGAUAGAGGGCGCGCAGAUCGAGGACGGUGGGACCUACACUUGUCAUGCUACACGGGGAUUCGGUAUCAGAGUGGAGAAGUCGUUUAAUUUCACCAUAGAAGCUAAGCCAUUCUUCAGUUACCCACUUAGCGACCGACACGUAGAUAUCGGGAGUCAGCUGACCUGGAGGUGUGAAGCAAAGGCAUAUCCCACGCCAACCUACACUUGGUAUAAAAACGGAGUCAAGCUUUCGAACGUCCCAGGGGAGAUAAAUAUCGUGAAAAACGUCAUGCGUAUUAACAACAUCGACCCUGAAAAACACAACGGGAUGUACCAGUGUUCAGCGACCAAUGUUUACGGGGAGGUGUUCACUGAGGGACAACUACGAGUGCUGGCAUUCCCACCUACAUUCGUAAAACGACCAUUGGAAGAACGCAUGUUCGCAGCAAUAGGCGGAAAUGCAACUAUAAUAUGUGAUCCAGAGGCGGCGCCGUUUCCGACUUUUACAUGGCGUAGGAAUGGAGCUGACCUCGGUCUGAGCCAUGGUGACAUGACGUCACGGAUUCGUAUGCUGCAGAAUGGUAACCUGUUUAUACAAAAUGUCGCACAAGGUGACGCCGGUCUUUAUCUAUGUUCGGCCGAAAAUACCUACGGUUCUGCAUCCAGCUCAGGGACACUCUAUGUCACAUCUAGUACAGUUAUCAACGUAUUGCCCCAGCCAACGUCUGUUUACGUCAACAACACGGCGUUCCUCGCGUGCAGCGCCUCCGUGUCCGAGGCGAUUGAGUUUAUCCAGACCUGGACCUUUAAUGAAGAGCCUAUUGAUCUCGACAACGAUCUGAACUAUGCAUUGGGAGCAUCGCAAAACAUCCAAGGUCUUUACAUACGGCACGCCCAGUUCAAGCACUCGGGGGAUUAUGAAUGCGUCGUCAUGACAACAAUGGACAGGUCAAGUGCAAGCGCUCGUCUGACUGUUUUAGGCCCGCCUGGGCCUCCUGCUGGAGUGUAUGCCGACCCAACCACCAUCACGACGAAUGCCGUGCGCAUUAAGUGGAGUGUGGGUGCCCUGAAUGGCCUUCCUGUGGACUUUUACAUGGUAGAGGCUAGGACGGAGCUGGGACACACAUGGACCGUUGUAGUACCAUUUAUCGCCGACAUUAACACAAUUGUACCCGGGAGUAACAAACACGUGAUAGAGGUCACAGGUCUGAAGCCAGGCGUGGGGUACAUUUUUCGCGUAUCGGCAGCCAACUCCCUAGGGAUUGGGGAACCAAGCAAGCCAUCCGAUAUAUUUCAGACGCUUCAGGCCGCCCCAUCUGUGGCCCCAGCCAAUGUAGGGGGUGGGGGAGGGAGUGUCGGGGACCUCACCCUCACUUGGUUGCUAUUGGCUGAUGAAGAUUGGGGCGGAGCAGCGGUAUCGUACACUGUGUACUGGCGCGCCGCGGGGAGCACUAGUGAUGCAUCCUGGGUAAAGGAGACACUGAACUCUCCAGAUGUCGGCAAACACGUGCAAACCAUUGGGCAAGAAUAUUAUUAUUCACCAUAUGAGGUCAAAGUUCAGGCACACAACGAGUUCGGCAAGGGUCCAAACUCCUCCAUCGCUUUGGUCUACUCCGCCGAGGAUUUGCCAGUAGCUGUAGCCACGAACAUCCAAGCUUGGCGACAUAAUUCCACGGCCAUCUUGGUGGUGUGGGACCCUAUUCCAGAUGAAAGGGAAAUAAUGCGGGGAAAAUUACUCGGAUAUCAGGUGAAUUACUUUGAGAGGAAUGACUCCAAUCCCAUCAUAAAUUCGAUCAGCUGGAGGACCACCGAUCCCCAGGGCCUCGUCAUCGGACUAAUGCCUUACACGUGGUACACUUUCGACGUCCAGGUCCUCAACACGGCCGGGAUGGGACAAAUCAGUGAAAAGAUCCACCAACGUACCUACCAAAACGCUCCUCUAUUGUACCCGACCGAGGUUCACGUACACUCACAUGGGGCCAACAGUGCUCUGGUGACGUGGAGGGGCGUGUCAACGGGUGUUUACGAGGAACCUCUCCAGGGGUUCAAGGUGCGAUACUGGCUGAGCAAUGACAAUAUAAGGACAGCUAAAGACGUGAUUGUGGACAAGGUAGAUCAGACGGUCAUCUACGGCCUGGAGAAGGACAAUCUGUAUAAGUUACGUAUCCUGGGAUACAGCCAGGGAGGUGACGGUAAUCUCGGAGAGACGGUCUACUUUACGCUAGGUGGGAUGGUUUACGUCGACCCGUCGGUGUCGGAGAUUCGAGCGUCGGCCGACCGAUCGACGUUGUCAAUUACAGCUCUCUUAAUAAGUGUCAUGUCUGCCAUAGUGUUAUUAUGAUAUAUGCGACUCUAAGUCAGUUACGGCAGGCUUUCCCAGAACAUUAAAACAAGUCCAAUCGUUUGGAAGUAAACAUAUACAGUUUCCGUACAGUGCUGCCUUAAUUCUAUUAUGAUACAUCUUGUGACAUAGGAAACAUCAAAGUGACGAUCAUAUUUAUCUGACCAUCAAAAACUGACAAUUUGAGUGAUCUGAAGUUUUGUAGUCGUCAUAACAUUUGCAUAAUGAGUUCACGGUUUACUCUGAUUCAGAUCGGGAAACAAAAGAAUCAGGUUUGCGAUAGUUCGGUCAUAGUCGGUGCAUCAGAUGUAUACAAAGUGUCUGUGUCCACACACGGUUUUUAUACUGCAUGUGUCCUAUUCCGUACAAUGUGCUUUUUUUAAUUCGAUAAUUGCAUUUUGUGUCAUGUAUGUCUGUAGAAUGUUAGUCAUUAAAUGACAACAGUAGAGUAAUGUCCAUAGAUAACGAGAGAUAAUCAACUGUUAUCCUACUGUAGCACGAUAGGGACAAAUAGAUCGGAUUCUUGUAUCGGAAUGUAAUGCGGUGCGUUGUUCACUGCAAAAUCGGCUGUUAUUUCGAUGCUUGAUGUCAAUUUAUCGUUUAGAUCCGUGGUUUUGUAAGCCGAAUCCAUUUCCUUUAUCACGAACUACUUUUGUUUUUGUCUUUUUUCUCUCUUAGCUAUUGACUGUUGUAUUCAGUAUCAAGAUAUCCCUAUAGAAUGGUAUAAUUUGAUAAUUGUGUGACUUAAUUUCUUAAUGACGAAAUAAUAUAAAUAUUUUCCUAUUAUUAUCAUAACAAUCUGUGACAGUGUACUUUGCCGCAGAUGAAAGUAGUUCUUUGUCAAGAUAUAUACUAUCAUACGUGUUUAUAGAUCGAAUCAUUUCAUGCGCUCAAACAACACUAUUCCAUGUUUGGAAAAAACGUCGUUUACACAAUUUCCGUCGUAAUUACGCUUUCCCCAAGUAACUAAAACUCACAAACUGUAUCUGUGUCAUCUGUGUCAUAUAAUUCUAAAAAUAACUCCAUCAAAGUUUUUGUUUAUUAUAAGACAUAUGCUAGCAAUUAAUUUCUUCUAAUGUACGCAACGGUACUUUUUAUCCACUGCAUAGAUUUUCCGUUUUUUACGCUACUAAUUCCAGAACUUUUCUGACGCAGCAAUUGUGUCGUGCUACUUUAAAAAUGUGAUUAAUACAAAACAAAUGUAAUGGUUUUACCGUUGAAUACCAUAUAUAUUUCAUGAUUUAGGUAGAAUUUACCGGUAUUUUCACCUGUGCUUCGCACUUGGGAAAAUAUUGAUAUCAGUCUGCCGUAUUCGUUAUAUAAUAUAUGUAGCAUAUAUUUCUGCUACAUCUUGUAUUCAUUGGGAAACCAUCAAUUAUUUUCUAUCCAUUAAUGUAACUUAAAAUGAAAUAUUUAACCAAGAAGACAUUCCUCGUACUCCACAGCAAAAUGAAUUGAAUAGUUUUUUUUACUAAUUUCUUCUAUUUUUCAGGUCCACCCAAGCCUGAGUCCACAUUUGAU